ACGCGAACGUAUCGUCGAUGUUGCAUCUCUUUGACGUAAUUUUCGGGUUCGGUAAUAUUAGACUUUUAAAGCUAUUCCGGCGAAUCCACAGUUGAUUUUUUACAUUACCAGUGCGCUGGAUAGUAGUUAAAUUGUCCCGGUUUAGCAGCUAAACUGAAAUAGACCUUUUCUUGAUUGGACUGAUAGUGGUAAUUCCAGAGCGUGUGAAAGCGAUCCUACUUCAGUGCUAAUGCGCUGAUUUUACACUAUUUUGUGUGCAGUGGUGUACCGUAAGCUUGUUUACUGUCUUUUACUGUAUUGUCGAAGCAUCGACUCUUUGAUGAACGUCGCAGAAAGCCGAAGCGUAGUGUAUGAAAUCGGACAACUAGGUGACGAUAGCAGAGAAACCACACGAACAAAGCGACAAACGUAUAGGUCAAUAAGCGAAACAGCAUUCUAAUGGUGUUAGUUGUUUUUUCGAAACAAGUGAUUUUUUGUUUAGCAUCUGUGGCCAGGUUUGGAGACGUCAAGCAGUCGUGCCGUCACAUUCCGCAGCUGGAGAAAAGACGUACGAGGAACAGAUAACACAGCUCAUUGAACUCUUGUUGUAAUCUCCCACAGAGUGUGAAUGAUUUCGUCGCAAUGAUUAGAACACCACGAAGCCAUCAACGCAACAUUGCCAAAAUCGUUAUCAGUGGCAUACCGCAGCACGCGAAAUUCGAUGACAUCGAGCCGCUGCUGAAGCCGUACGGCAAGGUCGAACACUGCGACGCAGUCACCAGCAAGGACCCAAACACGCAAACCGUCCAUAUCACGUUCGAGAGUCACGAUCAGGCACAAAGAGCGGUAUCCGGCCUGAACGGGAUCGACUUCGAGGGCUCCAAGCUGCUGGUUGAACUGUUCGAAAGUAAAGCAAACCGGCGCAGCCAACGGGCUCGUUCGCAGUACGGCGGAAUGUCCGGCGGUGGUCCAGGACGUCAAACCGACUUCCCGCUACGGUUGCUGGUAUCCAGCGAGAUGGUCGGCGCCAUCAUUGGUCGCCAGGGCAGCACGAUACGACAGAUCACUCAGAACAGCCGGGCGCGUGUCGAUGUACACCGGAAGGACAACGUCGGCUCGCUGGAGAAGGCGAUCACAAUCUACGGCAAUCCGGAAAAUUGUACCAGCGCCUGCAAACGAAUCCUAGAGGUGAUGCAGCAGGAGGCCAACAGUACAAACAAAGGGGAAAUUUGCUUGAAAAUUCUUGCUCAUAACAAUCUGAUUGGUCGCAUCAUUGGCAAAAGCGGGAACACCAUCAAGCGAAUAAUGCAGGAUACCGACACAAAGAUCACAGUUAGUUCGAUAAACGAUAUCAACAGCUUUAACCUGGAGCGCAUCAUCACCGUCAAGGGUUCGAUCGAUAACAUGUCCAAAGCCGAAAGUCAGGUCAGUGCUAAACUGCGCCAGAGCUACGAGAACGAUCUUCAAGCCUUGGCACCACAGAGUAUAAUGUUCCCGGGUUUGCACCCAAUGGCGAUGAUGUCGACGGCCGGCAAUGGCAUGGGCUUUGCUGGACGAUCCGGUAUGUACCCGGGCUCAAACUAUCCAAUGUACCAACCGUCGACCGCUCCGGGAGCGCCGUCUGGAUCUAGCGAAGUCCAGGAAACUACCUACCUGUAUAUUCCAAAUAAUGCCGUUGGUGCUAUAAUCGGAACCAAAGGAUCGCAUAUUCGUAAUAUUAUAAGAUUUUCCGGUGCUUCCGUUAAGAUUGCUCCGCUAGAAGCGGACAAGCCUCCCGAGCAGCAAACCGAACGAAAAGUUACCAUUGUGGGAACACCGGAAGCCCAGUGGAAGGCACAGUAUCUGAUUUUCGAGAAGAUGCGGGAGGAAGGUUUCGUUUCCGGCACGGAUGACGUGAGAUUAACCGUCGAGAUCCUAGUACCGAGUUUGCAGGUUGGGCGCAUCAUUGGCAAGGGCGGACAGAACGUGCGAGAACUACAGCGAGUGACCGGCAGCAUAAUUAAACUACCCGAGCACACUGCCAACACGCCGGUGGAUGAGGAAACUACCGUGCAUAUUAUUGGUCCUUUCUUCAGUGUUCAGUCGGCACAGCGACGUAUCCGUACGAUGAUGUUGGCCACGAAUCCCCCGCCACCUACGAAUCGGCAGAAGGCGCAAAAAUCGAAGGAACCUUCGUCGACCUCUCCGACUCCGGCAGGUGCUGCACAGCCUCCGUCGUCUAGUACAAGUGCAUAAUCAAAAUCUGAAAUCGUCGCUGUUGAUGAAGAACUGCUGCCGCCAACACCAUCACCAUUACCACCACAUCCACAAUCGAAACAGCAGCAACAAGAGCAGCAGCAGCAGCAACAUCAACGCCAGCCGAGGUCCCUAUCAGUAAGAUCGAACCAUCAAUAUCUAUUGCAACUGCAGAUCAUAGAACGAAUCCCAUUUAUUAGGGAGGUAAAACAUGUAAAACCUCAGGAAGUAUCUAAUCUAACUAAUAUUUGAAGUAGAGCCAACGUAUCGCACCUCAGGUCAACAAACCUAUCAAGCAGCCAGAGUUUACAAAAAAAACAUACAAAAACACAUACACACACAUACAUGCACACACGAGUACCCGUCAGCGAUGGUGCAUGUGUGUAUGAAUGUCGUCCAAUUAUUACCAAUUUGGUUCCAACCCUCUCGGACCGUAAAGUUGUUAGUUUCCUAAAUAAAUUCCAAGCGUAUUUAUUCGUAAGCACAAAAUUCGAAAUUUACAUUCCUAUCAACUCAUUUACACGAAUGCUACUCUUGUUUUUUUGGCAAUUUUUUCUUGCUGUUUGAAUUAAUUACGAUACCAACAAGGCGGUUAUACAUUUGCUCUACUAUAAUGAAGAACGGAAAAAUGUAUAUAUGUGCCAGUGGUCCGGUUUGCGAUUACUGGAUCCGCGUGGUUUUCGGAAACCACUAGGAAAUAGAAGCAAAUCAAAGAUUUACCAUCUCAGAGAGCUAGAAAGAACCAAGCGCGAAAAUUUUGUGUCCAGUACUUGUACAUAUUAAGCUAUAGGUUGUAAAAUUCAUUGAACCCUGCAACAACAACAAAAAUACAUUGCUCCGGGGAUUGUUAAAACUUGCUCUCGUCUAUAUCCGUCGAUGUCCUCGGAACAGCCGGUAGCGGUAGACGAAAGCGAGAGGUUCAAAAGUUCCUCUUUGCGUUGGCGCAUGCAAGUAAUAUUUAACGAAAAUGCCGAUUGAAAGUGACCGAUCGGAGGGAGGGCGGAACGAGACGAUUGUUUUAAGGAUUUUGAAUGUUUUUUUCUGAUUUAUUUUUGUGUGUAAGCAUUCGAUACCGCACGCGCAAUGAGAGAGAUUUAGACUAACGGAAGUUAAAGGGCGUAUGAAGGGAGAGUAACUGCGGCAGUUUUAUUAGUGUGUAGAGAGAUGGAAAAUCGUUCGACGAAUUAUAUUUGAGAAGUAAUUGCGUGUUGAUACUUCGGAUAGGAGGUGGAGGAGCAGCAGCGAUCAAAGCAUGCGAGCAUUUUUCAGUCGGUUGUGUUGCCAUAGAAAAGCAGUUGCAGCGGACGAAAGAUGCUUGCUUUGUUGCAGCGCUUUGAGGUCUACUAUCGAAGUGUUAGAGGACCGUCGGUUGCCUUAGAUUUCGGUGCUGAAUGUGUGACAUGCGAAGCUAACGUUGUAAAUCUUAUUGCGCAAACGUAGAACGUUAGAAGAUAAAGCAAUCCACAGUAUCAUCUCCGUUGAUUUGUGCGGCAAAGUUUCACAGUCAAAAUUAAACCGUUUCGGAAGCAAAGAACAUUCAAAAACAAAUCUCUUCGGUUCGAAUAACAUAUAAAACAAUACCUCAACGCAGUGCAGUUGUCCUGCCACUGGCGUACGGAUAACAGAGUGGAACAAGCCGUGGAGAAAGCCUGUAUUCUAGGAUAGCCAAUAAAUGAUCAAUCAACGAACGCUGCGCACCCCUGGCUGCAGCUUUUGUUUAUUUGUUUCUAUCAAAGCACAGAUUAACAAGUUUUAUGCUGUUUCCACAUUAACACACUUAAUCAUGCGGUAAGCAAAACAAAAGCAAAGAGAUUUAUGUUCAAACUUUACUUAUUGAUGGUGCAUUAAUCAAUUUUUAUUAACUUGUUGUUGAGCAUACUUGUUGAAACCUAUAUUUUCCUACACGCUAUUUUCCCAGUCCCCAGCAACUGUUGUUUAAUUAACUUGUUUUUGUUUAUAUCUUACUAGUAGAAAAAAAAAUCAUCCUUCCACAGCGACAAAAACACAAUCGAACAUAGAACAAUCAACAAUAAUAUAUAAUAGAAAAGUACCUCAAACAUGCAAACAGAAUCAAAAUAGUUUACUUGUCCGACCAUUUUACCUAAUCCAUUCUUGUAAACAGUAGAAAACAGAUAACAAUAGUCAAACCAUAGUUUAACGCAGGUCAAGUCAUAAAGCACAACUCGUAACACAUGAAAAAGCUUCCUUUUCCACAUUUUUCAGCCAUAGUCAAUAGAACAGUUAUGUUAUUGUGUAGAAAAGCUCUUUGCAAAAAACAUGCAAUGCUAUCAGAACGCAUCUAAACAAUUAAAGAGAAAUUAAAGAAAAACCUCAAAACUAGACCAUCUUUCUGGGUCAACAUUUACGAAGGUCACUCAUCCGAGUAGCAGACGAGACGAUGUAUAGUUGAUCUAGAGAGUAGAGAUAGAGAGGAAAUUGUGCACCGAUUUACCGGUGUGCAGGCGACUCGUGUCUUCCGGAAAUAACACCCGCUCACCGUCAGGAGGAUUUGCGACCAAGAGAUCGCCAAAGGAACACAACCAAGUGAGCGUAAGCCUAGCAGUAGGGGCAGAAUUAGUAGUAUACGUAAUAUUUCGUUUUGUUUUUCGACAUUUUUGGCUAGCGAAACAAAAAAAAAAUCAGCAGAUGAAUUUUAGGCUUUCAAAACGAUCCUAUAGAAUAUUACUCUCGGCAGCGCAAAAUUUCACCACCACAGUCUCUCGCACCCUAGCCUUAAUCUUAGGAGGGUUCGGAGGGGGUCAUCUUAUUUGACAAGAGGAAUCAAAAUUCGGACAAACACACAAAUACAUACACAUAAACAAUGGGAACACCCCGGAACACACGGUGCGUGAACCAAACCAACAACAAAAACAAAGCAACCUUGCAAAAAAGAAAAGAACCUAAACAACUUGUGAAGCGAUUCAAAAUUCAAAAUUUCACCGAUAUUGACAACAAAAAAAAAGUUGACUGCAUUUUCGAGCAACCUGGACUGAAGCAAAAUUAAAUUUAAACAAAAAAAAAUGAUAAGAAAAAAAUACUAAUCCCAGCCAUAUGAUUCGCAUGAUAUUUGUGCGAAGUGUGGGUAACAUUAUUUGACAAGUUUAUUGUCGGGGAAAAGCGCGAUACUAAAGAAAUGUAAGGAAACUAAACAAACAAAGCAAACAAAAAAACAAAAUCGCGAGUGAAACAGAAGAAAAAAAAAACCAAGUGAGGUUAUCUUUUAAGGCGUACAACCAGAAGCAAGUUUUGGAGGUAAAAUCAAUUGUUAGAUUUUUUUAUUAUAUAUAUUAUAUUGAAAAUAUACUAUAUAUAUUUAAAAUUGUGAAGAAAAAGAAAAAAAGAAGAAAAAAGAUAUUUAGCUAACAAAUUUAAUAUUUAUUAAAUACUAGAGGCUAUAAUAUCGUUGAAUAUUUGUAUAAAAGGGAAUGAACCUUGAAGGAGAUAAGAAGGGAGAGAAAGAGAAGAAAGGUCAAAUUUGAAUUUAACUUAAGAAGUAUAUUAUUUUUUCUAUGUUAUUUUAUUUGCGUAAUUUCUGUUUAGGUUUUGUUGUUUACUUUUUGUAAAAAAGUGAAGGCGAAAGCUCGAGGUUAAUGCGUUAUUUAGUUGUGCCAAGCAGAGAGAAAAAGAAGCAGACAACAGCAACGAAUGGAUUUUUAGGUUGUAUUUCGAGCAAACCAAAUGACAUGGAGGAAAAACAAAUCAGAAUCACAUCGUUAUUAAGGAAUUAGGCCCGUACCACUUCCCGCACAAAUAUCUGACAGCCAGUACCGCAGAUUGGUACGUUGGUUCACAAAGGUCUUAGCCACUUCGUGGACCACUUCUACCAGCUAGGAUUUGAUCUAUUUUUUCAAGUAAAUUUUUUCACCGCCUUUUUCAAAACAAAAUUUUAGAAAAGAACAAAUUUUCAGGAGAGAAUGUGACGGAUGCACUGUUGUCAACAAUAAAAGGGCGGCUUACUAUGAUUGCCUGCAGUCGAAAAAUAUUUUUUGCUAAUUAAUUCAAAACCGUAUCAAGUACCAAUUCAGGAAUAUGUUUCAGAAAUUUAUUUCCAAAUGCAAAAUACCACAUGAAUAGGAAAUAGGCUUAUAUGCUUCCAUUCAUUCGAACUGGUAACUGUUCUCCUUAGUGACAGAAAUCGUGCAACUGAUAGAUACAAAAAAAUCAACAAAACUAUUACCAGAUUCAAAAUAAGUACUAAACAAAUGUACUCUUUCAGUUUUUAGUUUGGUUUUCAAAGCAUGAUCAAAAGAUUGAAUGACAAAAAAACUGAACAGCAGUAUUUUGGGUACAAACUGAGAAGUACAAACGUGCGUUAGAGGACUGGAGAAAAAUUAAUUCAAAGAUGCAUCCGGCAAUUACGUUUGAUGAUUUAUCUGAAAUAUCCAUUCAAUCUUUCAACCAUCAGUAGCGGAAAGAAAUAGCUAUAUGGCGAUAUCGCAACGGCAAACCCAGACGCAUACAACCAGAAACUCAGAGACCAGCAAGUUCGAAGAUAGCGAGAAAUGACAUAAAAUAAACAACAAAACAUAGCCACAUUACAACAAAAAUCUAACAAUGAUAAAAGAACGAUUAUUCCCCGCACAAUAAGAUAACCAAGAACUGUAAGCAAAAUCGCAAUACCUCUGGAAAUCGAAGAACUACAGAUAGACAAGUAGCGAAAGAUAUAUCUAGAAUUCAAAACAACCGAAUACGAAGUAAUCAUCCAACUCCAAGGAGUAAAAUGAUCAGCAUACUUUGGCGAACAAACAAUUGCGUAAACACUCACUUCACAACGUUGACUAGAAGAGAAAAUAUAACAAAAAAAAACCUAAAUAUCUAUACAAGUAAAAGUAGCAAGUUUGGACUUUAUUUGCACGUUUUUAGAUUAAACCGCGCAGACGAUAGUCGCUUUUAACAUAUGGCAACACAAAUCACAUUCGCAUCUGUAGCAAAAUAAUUGGAAUAAACACAGACACAUAACCUGCAGCAUAGAGCAGAGCAGAGUGGGCAAGGUGAUCGCUAGAUAACUAAUUGUUUAUAGAGUCCAAACCUGAAAUUAAGCAAAACAUCGUUAGUAGACAGAUCAAACUUUUAGAGGACAAUUAAUUUGAAAGAUAAAAAUUGAAAAAAAAUCUGAAAAUUGAUAUAUGAUCAUGAAAAAUCCCAAUACAGAUAAGCAGUAGCAUUAAUUCUUAGAUUGCAUAACCUCAAAAGAAAAACAUACAUUUUAUCACAAUGAAAAAAUAACAAAAAAAAAAUGCAAGCAAAAACAUGAUUGAUAGUUGUAGGAUUAUUUUGGCGUGUUUCCUCAGGAUAAAGCAAAACUAUAGAAACCACGGAUGAAGCCAGCAUAGCAACAUGAUAUACAUAUAACAUAACUAAAGGUCACCUUGUCGCUUGAGAGAGAUCCAGGUCAAACAAAAUUAACAAAAAAAAAAGAUACCGGUUUCCUCAGCAGCACAUUACCCUAGGCAAACCCAAAUGAACUUACUUACAUAUUUGGAGCAAAUAAAUAUAAUAGAUGAAACACUCUUACCUCAUAUUGAUGACUAUUUAGGAUUAUGAAGCAAAACAAAAUGCCGCAUUUAUUGAAACAAAUUGAAGAAAAAAAUACAAAUGAAAUAAAAAUAAAAGAGAGACAGAUAUAAAACAUAUAAUUGGAUUUAAAUAAACCAUGAUUCAAAAUUCAAAACGUAAACGUAAAAUAGCUUUAGUUCGGUACUGAUUGGUACUUCAUGUUUGACAGAUCAAAAAUUACGUGUUUCUUUUUUCUUUUCUUUUUUUUUGAGUUUUGAGCAUCCAAGAAAGUGAAAUGAAGUAAUAUUUAGUUUUGACAGCGAAAGUAGAGAGGCUGCUGAAAUCCUCUAAAAAAACAACAACAAAAAAUAAAACAUAAACGAGAAAUGGAUGAAAUCAUUUGCUUAAGUUCGAUGAAAAUAACAAACAAACCUAUUCGAAUAAUUGAUCACAACCCUUAAUUUGUAGAAAACAAACAUCGUAGAUAACGCGAACUAUAAUAUUUGGACAUAUAAUAAAGAAAAAAAAGGAAAUCAAGGAGCGAGUUUAGGAUUUGAUUAUUAAUACUACUACUUCUACUACUACUACUACUACUACUAUUUAAUACUACUUCUACUACUACUACUACUACUACUAAAAAUGAAAAUCGUGAAUUCUACAACAUACGUUUUGUUCUAUUAAAAAGUACAUUUGUUUCUUUAAUUUUCGUUUAAUUUGAAAUAGAGCUGUAAGGAUUUUUGAAACUAUAUAAAGAAAUAAAACUAAAUUAUAAACUAAAAGAACGGCAAAACAUCGAAACUGAUAAUGCUAAAGGACACGUAAAUUUUAAGUUUAGGUAAAAAGAAAAAGAAAACUAAUGCUUAAAGAUAACCAACUACAAAUAGGCAACACCGAUCCAGUAAUAUUUUUUUUUGUAGUUUGUAUGCAAACUUCCUACCUACCCAGCCCCGUCGACCGCUCCUUUGACGGCCCUUUUCAUGAACGGGAACCAUAAAAAACAAAAAAAAAACAAACAGAAAUCAAACAGAAUCAACAGUGUAACAACAAGCAUAAAAGUCAAAAUAACCACAAUCGACGGUAUGCUGGCCUGCGUCGAAAGCACAACUCCUUCCGAAAACAGCGCCACCACCACGGGAAUAGUAACAGACUUCCCAUUCAACCUAACAUCCUUUCUUCGUCCACCACACACAUCCCUGUGCCACAACUCUGUAUCAGGAAAUUUAAUUUUAUGCUGUCUUACGCACGCUUGUGGAUUUAUACAUACAUAAAUAUAUAUGAAUACAAAACAGUAUAGAUUAUAGGAACACUUUUUCUCCGUUUAUCGUAUAAGCACAUUCUACAUCCUACACCUUGUUCAUCCGACUUCACUAAGGUUCGAACUUCGAAUCGCCAGCAGUACAACUGAGGAGACUGAAUUACAUCGUAACGGAAACACUGUUGGCGGUUCGUCCCGCUGUUCCCUUCCAUCCCGUUCGCAUUCCUUCCCACUAAAACCAGCACAGCAGCAAUUUUUCCUUUUUUUGUUGUAUUUGCUAACAUUUCAUCAAGAAAUUGUAGCACAUAUUUUCCGGGAAAUUGUUCGGUAAUAGGUCUAUUUAAAUUGUUUUUUUUUUAACGCAAACCAAAACACAAGAUACGAAGUGCUUUUCCCGGGGCCUGCUACGAUUCAGCAGGCCAGGCAAACCGGUUGCACUUUGUGCCACACCAACACACUCAUACACAGAACACAUAUAACAGCAAAUGAUGCCGUAACGUAACUGAUACCGACAAAUGAAUUGAAACUGCGAAAUCACCCGAAUAGUAGAAUCAUUUAAUUACAGAUUACAACACACCGAUGAAUUAUUCAAGACCAUUAUGUUCUCAUGAAAGAAGUGGUAAUUAUUAGGAUCCAGUAACUUAUAUUAUAUAUUUUUAUUUUUUUAUUAUUUUUUGACAAUGUUUAAAUAGAGCCCAUAAUUACGAUAGGGAUGUUAGGUAUGAGUAAGGAUAUAAUGCAAAUAUUGACAUGCCUGUGUGAUAAUAGUUUAUAUUCCUGUCAUUAUCUGUAUUUAUAUCUCCCUCAAAAAGAAUGAAGCGAUAGAUUUGUAAAAAUACGUUAAUUAAUGAAAGUGAACCAAUAUUAGUGGAUAAAGAAUAUAUUUUUAUAACUUUUUUAUUCUUAUUUCUACUGACAUAUGCAACAACCAGUUUCAUUAGCCCCCAUUUACUCCAUAAGCAAAAGCGAGAGUUCAAUAUGGUAACAAUUCUUUCGCCGACAAUAGCCAAGCAAAUCAAAAUAGCCUUAAUAUUUUCUUUCAAUUCAAAAAAAAACCUGCACACAGCAAAGCCAGUUCAUUUUGAUCUUUUUGUUUUUUCAAAAUUAUCCAUACAACGAUCUCGAAGUACAUAUUCUUCCGAAGUCUUCAUAUGCAAUAGUCAUUUAAAAACCAAGCCGCAAACCAUACAAACAACACUACAAUACAAACAAUUUAUAUAUUCGUAUAUACACACACACACACCACAUCCCGUCAAGCUGUACCAGCAAAAUUGAAACACAAACCUUACCUUUACAUUGAACACAACCGAACAGAAAAUUUCCAUUUUGACGAUAGAAAAGAAGGAAAUAUGAGUAGAAAAUAAUAUGUAAUACCAAGUUAUAAUCGAACCAAGUAAAUAUCGUACAGAUUGAUCCAAAUAUAACUGAAAUAAAGAAAAAUAAAAGGUAAACAAAAACAAACGCAACUAAAUGGUAUAUUUAAGAAGGAGCAUACUUUGUUUUUUUUAUAGCUAGAAGAGUGAAGAAGUGAAAGCCGAAGUUCACAAAACAGAACAUCUUCUCAUACGCGAACGCAUGCAACUGUUUUACAAGGAAAGAGUAAACAACAAGAAAGAAAACUACCUCAAUAUUUCUAUUAUAAAAUGAAAAUACUUGAUUAAUUUAAAGGUAACGCGUAAUAAGUAUAAAAGAAAAACAAAUGAGUUUAAAAUGGCGCGUGAAAGAUGGAAACUAUGUAUUAAAUGUAGUUUGUAUUUAUAUAAAACGAGUACAUAAGAUCACACAAUUGAAGGGGAAACGAAUACCAAUACUGUAAAACCAUCCUUUAUUGUUUGGAAGUUUUCCACUGCUCUGCCAGCCGAACACCACAAAAUUGAGCAGCAAGCAGAAAAGGGGGGGAGAAAGUUAAGUAAUCUAUUCUGAAUAGUAGCAAUUUCCUUACUGCAUUUAGCAUUUUUCUUGCUUUGUCGAAUUCGCAGCGCGUCGACAAAAAAAAGCUAAUCGCAACUGGAAACUUCUCAAGUCAGUUCAAGAAAAACCCAAAUCCCAACUGCAUAGAGGAGAAACAUGUUCUUAGAGAAAGCCCAGAGAAUGAGCAGUCAAAAAACAAUGGCUGUCGUCACAGCUGAUGGACAUGAAAAUGCGCAUAAAUCCAACACUGAUCAAUUUAUUUAGUUUUCUAAAAUACAUAACCGAAUAGAAGAAAGUAAAAAAAAUUCAAUCUAUCAAUACACCAACCACCAAUAAAUUCAGAUUCUCACAGUAGCAUGUGAAAAAUAAGAAAAAAAAUCAAAAAAAAUCGUAAAACUACGGAAAAAUUAAAAAAUCUGUUGAUAUCUAGGAUUGAGGCCCGUUCCAGCAAAAAACAAAUACCAAACACACGUCCGCACUGUACGCCUGUUUCUUUCGUUUCGUUUCAUAACAAAAAAAAACAACUAAACAAAAAAACAGUCUAGCACUUUAUACACACACUUACAAAAAAAAACAUUAAAAAAAGAAACACUAUUCACAAGAAUAUAAUAGAAGAAGAAAACAGCAGCACCAAGGUGAGUUAAAAUAGGUGAUCUAGUUUUCACAGUUUGUAGAACAGAAGUGCGCGGAACGAUUGGUUAGCAACCGUCGACAUUGUUUAAACAUUCAACAGUUUCCGCUUUGAAAAUUUCGGUGAUCGUCAAGGGAAACCCAGCGGGGGUGAAACACAAAUUUGAACAUAAGAAAACCUCUCUUGACUAACCUUGAGCAGCACCAUACAAGCUAGGGCGUCGCAGUUGGCCGCGGUACGGCAAGCCCCCGUGUGACUGCCUCAUCAGCUUGUUUUUUUUCUUCACUCUAGAAUCAUGGUGAAGCAAGGCGUGAUGUGAGGAAGAGCCGAAUGUGUUAACCUAGUUGAGAAUAAUGGGAAACUAUACAGAAAUGCCAGCAAAACAAAAUAUAAAACCAUACAAUUCGAGAAAUAUAUACACAUAAAUGCAUAUAUAUGUAACCGAUGCCCACUAUAAUGUCAAAA